AUGACAAAGUGGCCAUCGUCACCGGCGCGACGUCCGGGAUCGGUAUCGAAACAUCUGCACGCCAAAGGCUGGAGAGUCGCCAUUGUAGGCCGCAAGCAAGAUGCCGGGGAAAGCGUAGCAUCUGCCAUCGGCGACCCGCAAAGGGCUCGCUUCUUCCAGGCACACCUCGACGACUACGCCUCGCAGGCCAGCAUGUUCAAGGCCGUUUGGGCCGCUUGGGGGAGGAUCGACUUGCUGUGUGCGAAUGCCGGCAUCGUCGACAAAAGUAGCCUGUGUAUCUACGUCUGGAGAGGCAAGUCGGUCGAUGAGAUACCCCCGGCGCCAGACCUUCGAUGCACCGACAUCGAUUACAAAGGCGUCAUCUACGGCGUUCAGCUGGCAAGUCACUUCAUGCGACACAACCCUGCGCCUGGCGGCAAGAUCGUGGUGAACGCGAGCAUCGGCGGAGUCUUUCCUCACAUGACAUACCCAGAGUACUGCAGUGCCAAAGCCGCCGUGAUCCAGUUUGUCAGAGGCGUUGCGCCGUUGUUGAAAUCCAAGGAAAACAUCUUUCUCAACGUCGUGUUGCCUGGUGCUGUUGCCACUCCAAUCGUGCCUCAGGAGAUGAUGGCAGCUGUUAGUCCAGAAUGUAUCACUCCAAUGGCAACCAUCAUUGCUGCCCACGAUAGGUUCAUCGACGACGAGACCGGUGUGGCCGGCCAGGCUCUAGAAGGUUCGGUAGAUAAUCUGAUACCGUACGAUUUGCCGGAAUAUGGCAAUGGGUAUAAGACCAAACGCGCCGUGACGGCGUGGGAGCCUCUUUUCGAGACGAUGCAUGGCGAGAAGUCCGGAUUGCCUGAUGCUAUCCCUUGA